AUGGCGAUGAACAGUGUUCCAAAACCUGCUCUGAACGAGGUUUCUAAGCAAGGAAGCGAAGAAAUUGAGAAUGUUCCAACAAAGAACCUGACGUUGAUGGACACAUACCGGUCCUACUCGCCCGAAUUCUCAAAGAAAACCGAGCGACAACUUGUUCGGAAAAUCGACGCCCAUCUCUUGCCUCUCAUUGUUACAAUUUAUCUGUUCAACUACCUUGAUCGAAAUUCGAUUACCCAAGCGCGCCUCUACGGCCUCCAAGAAGACACCCAUGUCAAAGGGGCAACGUAUCAAACCGCCAUUUCGAUCUUUUCUGCAGGCUAUAUCGCGAUGCAACUGCCGUCAACGAUGCUCAUGACCAAGAUGCAGCCGCAUAUCUUUCUGCCUGGAUGCAUUAUCAUCUGGGCCAUAGUGAGCGGCUGCACAAGUGCCACGUCUUCUCCAGCCGGCCUGCUCGUCGUUAGGUUCUUUUUGGGGAUCGUCGAAGCUCCCUUCUUCCCGGGAGCCAUAUACUACUUGAGUUGCUGGUACACGAAAAAAGAGCUCGGAUUGCGCAUGGCCCUACUUGUGUGUGGAUUGCUCUUGUCGAACUGCUUUGCCGGUCUCAUAUCAGCUGGCAUUCUUUCAGGAAUGGCUGGCGUGGGACACCUCGCAGCGUGGAGAUGGCUCUUCAUACUCGAAGGUCUUGCUACAGCUUGCGUCGGAGUAACUGCUUUCUUCCUUCUUCCCGACUACCCGGGAACCACGAAAUGGUUGUCGGAAGAGGAGAAGGUCAUUGCGCAGGGCCGUUUGGCAGCAGACGCCGGCAGUGAAGAAGUUUUGGGCGAGGACGAGAUUUCGAUGAAGCAGGCUAUCUUGGCUGCAUUGGCGGACUACCGAGUUUGGUUGUUUGCCCUACUUCAAAUGUCGACAACUGCUUCUAUCUCAUUCUCACACUUCUUCCCAACCUUGAUUCAACAGCUUGGUUUCAAGAACAAUACUAUCGUUCUUCUACUUACAGCGCCUCCCUACUUCUUCUCUUUCAUCUGGGCCUUGACACUAGCUUGGGACGCCGACCGAUGGCAGAAAAGAUCACCUCACGCGAGCAUCUCCGCAAUUACUGCCAUUGCUGGAACUGUCACUUUGGUCGCCAUGGGUGAUCAACGUUGGGCUCGCUACGCCAUGACCUUCCUCGUCAGCGCCGGAACGUUUGGCAUCUACUCAACGACUUACCCUUGGUUGUCCUCGACCAUCGUCCAACCAGCAAUGAAACGAGCUGCUGCUAUCGGUAUUGCAAAUACCCUGGCUAAUAGUGCUUCGUUAUUCGCCAACUACUUUUGGCUAGAUGAAUACGGCCCGAGUUUUCGUGUGUCAUGGGCUUGUAUCUUGGCCUUCCAGGUGCUUGGAUUGAGCUGCAUCUUUGGCCUUCGCAUUUGCCUCAAGAAGGCAAACCAAAUAUUUGAAAACCUACGGGGUGAAGUAGAUCAACAAAAUGAGGAGGCGAUGAACAGGCUAGACAAAGAUUCUCAGAGAGCAGUUUUGAACGGAUUCAAGUACAUCACGUAG